UUGACACUACAUAGGCUGAAUUUACUGUGAAACACUUCGUUUGCAAGUUCAAGUGGGCGUGAGCUUGUCGCAUUGAGCAUAGCGUACUGAAAAUGCACUGUUUCUUACCGUUUCUCGCUGUCGCCGCACUAUCGCUUUGUGUCCGUAGCGUGCUCGGUGCCGACUGCGAUCAAAUGCGGAUCCGCUGCGAUCCACUCUUUCCCGACGAUCGGGAAGACCUCCCAUGGCCGAUGAGCGAGGCGGAUAUCCAUGCCACACAACAGGCGGAGCAAGAACAUUGCCGGGCCGCCAAUGAGUCCGUUGUGUGUUUGAAAGACUUUGAAGACCACUGCGAAAACACUAAAGCGAUGGAGAUCUAUCGCGAGGAAGGCUACUUUUUUAAAGCGCAGAUGUGGAGUGCAGAUGCCAUGAGCUGUCAACUGUCCAUCAAUCCCAUCCGCUACCAGAACGCCAUCGCCUACUGCGACUCUAAACGGAACAACUUCUUCAACGAUCUUUUGGUCGUCCGCAGCGCCUAUGCGCGCAGCUCACCGGACCGUGCCGCCGCUAAACGCAACGUCUGCGAAAGCCUGCAACUGACCGCUACCAAACUGGACGGAACCGCCAAGGAGGAGUUGACAACAAAGUGCGGAAAAGAAGCUGUAAAUGUCAUUAAAGACGCGGCGGUUAAACUGCACGCGGCUUUCUGCCCCGCUUGACAGUAAUUCAGCUGCCUAUAAGCGAUCGAUAUUCGGAAAUUCUUUGUAGUGCCCUUCGACAAGGCCGGAAUCAGAUCCAAAAUGCAAGAUAAAAUCUGGUGUUUUAUCGACUUUUCCAAAUAAAAAUUGGUAGCUGCAAUCUUUCAAAAAAUUCUUUCCGGUUUGUGCCAACAGUUAUUAGAAAGGUCAUAAAUAUUUCUUUCAUCCAGGUCUGGUGAUUCGGACUGUGCGUGUUUCUUACUGUGGAUACAUACGAAUGAUACGAUGUGGUAUUUAAUACCACACAUUUAUUACAUAUACUGAUAUACACAGUUACUGCAUACAGUAUAUGCAGCUAUGACUGUAGGUCCUAUAA